AUGGACAACGACAACAAGCACUCGGCUUCACAAGCACACUCAUCAAAAGGUGAUCAAACAGAUUGGACAGAGGACUCGGACGACGACUUGUAUCGAUCAAUAAUAUCCGACAAUGGUGAAGACUAUGAUUCACUCCGAGCAUUUACCAAUACCAUUUGUCCCAGUUCAUAUGGGUCCAUGACAGAAGUCAAGUUCAGCGCGCUGGAUGGCUUGAUCGUGAGACCUAUUGGCAUUUAUGGGAGCAAAGAAGAAAUAGUGCAGCUCUUAUUGUCUCUUGGCGUUGUCGACGACUACAUGUGA